AUGAGCCAGAUAAAAUCGCGACCGAGAAAAAGGAAGGUCUCGAAUUCGGAGAACAAAGAAUUUCCGAUCGGAUCAGUCGACGAUCCGCUAGGGCUUGAUUCUUUGAGUCAGGAUGCAAUAAUCAACGAUGUGGAAGAGAAUGAAUUCAGUCUUCCGAUUUCAGAAGCAACCGAUUUGAAAAUACCCGAAAAUCUGAAAGAUCCUCUUGGCCUCGAUGAUGAAGAAAGCAAAAAAGCGCCCAAGAAGCAGAGAAAAGGGUCUAAAUCUGGCUCACAGCUGAAACAGAAUCAAAAGUCUAGCAAGAAAAACGGUGAAAGAGGCGAGAAACAAACCUUUCCCCACGGAAACUACAUCCAGUACUACGGUUACAGAAAUAGCGACAAAUUCUCAGACUAUCGGAUCGAUCUGAUGAAGAAAGAAUGGAUGGAGGGACUCGACGUUCUCGACAUUGGCUGCAACUCGGGUCAUUUGACGCUUCUUAUCGCCAGGGAUCUGAAGCCUCGGAAAAUAGUGGGAAUCGACAUCGACGAAAAGCUCAUCGAAAUGGCACAGAAAAAUAUUCGGCAUUAUUGCGCGGAAGAAAAGAAAUUCCCGGCCAGUUUUUCAAAAUUAUACGGUCCUUUACGAGCUCCUUUCGUAAACACCGGCCUCUCCAACUCGAAAGGAAAGGACUUUCCCGAAAACGUCCAUUUCAUCAACGGGAACUACGUCUUCAGCUGCGACGAAUAUUUGGAGCGGCAGGAGCCAGAGUACGACACAAUCAUUGCUUUCAGUGUUUCCAAAUGGGUUCAUUUGAACAAUGGCGACAACGGAAUCAAGAGAUUCUUCAGAAGAAUAUUUCGGCAGCUAAGGCCAGGAGGCCGCUUUCUUCUCGAGCCACAGCCUUGGAAAAGCUAUGCGCGUCGGAAGAAGCUGACUUCCGAAAUCGAGGAAAACUACAAAAACAUUAAGUUCAAGCCCUGCGAGUUCACAUCCUUUUUGACUUCGAUCGGGUUCUCGGAUCCGAUCAACCUCACUUCCGCUUUGAGUGCAAAAGGCUUCAAGCAGCGCCAAGUUCUGCUUUACAACAAGCCGCUCAACAUCUGA